GUGAGCUGGCCAUAUGGUAGUACUAUCCAAAUACACCUCCUUAUUCGUGUGCAAAACGCACAGGAUUCGCACCGAGCCCAAAAUAGUACACCAGCCUCGGCAGGCAGACCUACGAAAUGCGAGCGUGGGAUAGUUCGACAUGACAGACUCCUUUCUAUCUGCAUAGUCUGCGCUAGGCGGUCCACUCCUCCAGACGAGCACGCAUGCCGGUUUCAUAUCAUGCUCCAGCCUCCUACUGUUGCUCUCGGUUUCUUCUGCGGGUUGACAUGGCCGCAUCCGCAACCACUCACCCACCAAUGCCGAUUUCCCCGAGCCCGAGAGAUGCGGAUUGACACGGCAGCCCCAGGCCUUCCGAGCCAAAGUCUCCGUAGGUUAGCUUGGAAUCCAGGUGCUAGUCUCGAGCUUGAGCUUGUACCCUCGUCCUUCGUCUAUCUCUGGACAUCAUGCAUGAUGCAUUCGGCUCCUGGCAUGAAAACACAGUCGCCCAUGGUUCUGCAUGCGGCGGCCCCACGUGGAUGUGACUUGGGCUCAGGAAACGCUAGCCCGAAAGCGCAGCGUAGCCUCCAGGCGCCGUGCCCGACGUCAACUACCUCCGCGUCCAUGUCCUCGCUGACAGCAUCGCGUGGCGAUCCUGGGCGCGCAUCAGGAAUUCGCGCCGCGACGAUCUUCCAGCAAGCAUUAUGUCCAGUCUUUGACAUUCUGCGCGCGAUCCGCAUGCCCAACCAGGAGGGAAGUUCACGCGGAAAAAGAGGCAGGCGGGCCGCGCGAAGCUCUCCCGCCGGCAGUCCCAUCUGAUGCUCGUCAACAGCUCGCAAGUUAUGUGCGAUUGUGCGGGCUUCUGUUCGGCUCGCGUGCGCAAGAGAUGCAUGUUCCGGCUCCGUCUCUCGAUACGCGCGUUCGCGGCAGAAGCAUGUGCGGAGCGGAGGGCUACUGGUGCGCUAUCAGUGAUCCGUCGCUCGCUGAACGACGAGUUGCGGAUACGCGCGAAAAUUCCCCUGCUUUCGGUGGAGACGAGUCCUGCG